AAAAAGUUGCAUGAGUUUGCAUUCCGGAUGGUCUGUCUGAUUAUAUCGGCCGUUCCGAAUCGCUCAUAGCGGCUUUACUGUGGAAUUGUUGCUGUCUUGUGCGCAAGCAAUCGUUAAAGAGAAGCGUCUAGAAGUUGCAUAUAAAAUUUCAACAUUUUGCAACACUGCUCUCUGUGGGCAUGGUGUGGUAUUGCGGUACUCGAGAGACGUUAAUUAAUUAUAAACUUGUCAAAAUUGGAAAUAAAAUAGCUUUUUGCUAAACUGGUCGAGAGCAGCAAGUGUGCGAAAAAGAGACAAACGCUAGUGCGACAAAGACAGACAGAGCGGAUAAAGAAAAGGAACCGGUAAUUUCGGUUCGAUAUAUCGUAGGGCCCGGGAAUCGCUAAACGCGGUCGAGUGCGGAAAAACGUGUGGAACGAACAAAACGAGUCUGGGUCGGUGGGAGCGCGGUGUGGUGAGAAUAAAAAGGCAAUCCACCAGCUGUAGGUAAAAAGGGAGAAAAGUAGCCAAGCGAGACAAAGAGGCAACGAAGUACGCUUGCUCAAGCGAUUGAACAUUGGGAGAAAAAGUAACAUCAAUAACUGCUGCUGGUGCUUGUGCUACCUAAAGUAUUGUAGAAAAUAUACUUGUGCGGAGUGCAAUAUUUUUGUUUUCGUUGACUAACUUUCGGAUCAGAAGCGGUGCAGUUCUUCAACCCCAAUAUCCCGGACAUCCAAUGUCAGAACCUCAGUCGUCCCUGCUGCUCAAGAAACAACUGGCGGAGCUGAGCAAAAAUCCUGUGGAAGGGUUUUCGGCCGGUUUAAUCGACGAUAACGACAUCUUUCGAUGGGAAGUGCUAAUCAUAGGACCACCGGAUACUCUGUACGAGGGCGGAUUCUUCAAGGCGCAUCUACAUUUUCCUAAGGAGUAUCCUCUAAGGCCACCACGCAUGAAAUUCGUGACAGAGAUCUGGCAUCCGAACAUCGAUCGCAACGGAGACGUUUGUAUCAGCAUCUUGCACGAACCGGGUGAUGAUAAAUGGGGCUACGAGAAGGCAUCGGAGCGCUGGUUACCAGUGCAUACGGUUGAAACGAUUCUAAUAUCGGUCAUUUCCAUGUUGGCUGAUCCGAACGAUGAGUCACCGGCGAACGUGGACGCGGCAAAGGAAUGGCGAGAGGCGUAUCCCGAAUUUAAGCGAAAGGUAGCCCGGUGUGUUCGAAAGAGUCAGGAAGAUUGUUAGUAGCAUUUAUAAUACUUUUUUUUAAAUUGUCUUAUAUUUAUUAAUUAAUUAUUGUACGAUUACACUUACCUUAAAUGAACGAAAGAAACACAUUGAAGGAUCAAGUAUCGGUACCGUCUACUACUAGUGUCCCUUAUUCUUCUAUUGACUAUCACUACCGUUAUCUGUGCUGCUGCUGUUACUACUCCUACAAACGACCCCUACAUUCAUCCGGGCAUGCUUGGUGAAGCUUUGGUAAGAAAGUGUUAUUAAACAAAUAACGUUGGUGUGACACGUCUGUGCAAAGAGAGCAAAGUCUUUGAAAGCCUGAGUAUAAGUAAAUACGAUACGAGAAAAACCGGAGAGAGAAACAAGGGUAGUAGAAAUAAUAUAUGCUGCCCUGUCCGGAAACUGUGCAUGAAUCGAAAAUAUUAAGUGGACUGUGAUUGAUGAGAUGAAGCUUCACAUUUGCAACUAAUCCAAUAUAAAAGCAAACAGUGAGUGUUCAGAUUGACUGUUAGAUCCAGGCUCGUACUGAAACGAAGUCAAACUUAGGAUUCUUAGCCCAUAUGGUCGAAAUCAAUGAUUGCGCUAAAGAUCAUGAAUUUGUUCCUUGUACUUCAGUUUGCUCGUUACAUCCGGUCUUCAAAAUUCUAGCUCGUUUGAUAUGAAACUAUUGGGAAUGUCUUAUACUGGCUUACGGACUGAGACUUUUUUUUAAGCGUGCGAAUGGGAUACCGUUUUGAUGAAGAAAAUUUGAUACUCAGGAACAUUAAACUACGGCAACUUAUUACAUUUACGGCGGGAAGCGAAGUGCAUGCGAAAGAAUUAAAAAAAAACACACAAAACAAACAGGCUUAACCCGAGCGAGCAAUGA